AUGGUGGCUGGGAGCCAUUACAGUGUUUAUGAAAACUAUUUCAGCAAACUGGAGCAACAAGGAACAAUUCCUGCUGUUGAUGCUGCCAGAUUCUUAAAGACAUCUGGUUUGUCGGAUGCCAUCUUAAGCAAGAUUUGGGAUUUAUCUGAUCCUAAUGGCAAGGGAUUCUUAAAUAAAGUUGGGUUUUUUGUUGCCUUGAAGCUAGUUUCACUUGCUCAGUUAGGCUAUGAUGUCUCUCAGAUGCAUUUACUAUUAGACGUCCCAGCUCCAAAAUUUGAUAUGGCAGCCACUAACAUUCUGCCCAGGAGAGAUUCUCACCCCAUUAGUGAUUGGGCUAUGACUCCAAUAGAAAAACUAAAAUAUGAGCAGUUAUUCGAGUCUCUUCAGCCCAUAAAUGGUGUUAUACCUGGAAAUAAGGUGAAAGGAUUGCUCAUAGACUCAAAAUUACCUGUUGCAACUCUAGGUAAAAUAUGGGACCUAGCCGACAUGGAUAAGGACGGAAGUUUAGACAAACAUGAAUUCACUGUGGCAAUGCACUUGGUUUACAAAGCUCUAGAGAAAUAUGCAAUCCCAAAUAGCUUACCACCAGAGUUACUUCCGCCUGGGCGACAAGAAGGCAAGCAGACAGGAAAUCAAUUAAUAACAAAUGGGAACUCAGCAUGGGUUGUUAGUCCUGAUGAUAAACUUAAAUUUGACAAUUUGUUUAUUUUAGCAGAUGUUGAUAAAGAUGGAUAUGUGUCAGGAAAUGAGAUUAAAGAUGUGUUUCUUCGAUCUGGAGUGCCUCAACCAAUUUUAGCUAGUAUUUGGUCAUUAUGUGAUAUCAAACAAUCAGGAAAAUUGAAUGCUGAGCAAUUUGCUCUUGCUAUGUGGUUUAUACAGCAGAAGGUGAAGUCUAAUGUGGAUCCUCCUCUUUCCUUAACACCGGAAAUGAUUCCUCCAAGCAUGAGGUCUCAGAUUGUUCAUGAUGUGUCAAAUUCAGCUAAUAACAAUCCAGAGUUGGACAUGAUUGGUCAGGACAUAGAGGAUUUAUCCAAAGAGAAACAUGUUUUGGAAGCUGAAAUCCUGCAAAAAGAGGCAGAAAUUAAAAUUAAGUCUAGCGAAGCCAAAAGUCUUCAGGUGGAUAAACUAAGGAAGGAUGCAGAAGAACAGGAAGCUCUUGUUAAGUCUCAGGAACAAGAACUUAUGUCCAAAAAACAAGAGCUUGAAAGUUUGAAGUUAGAAGAAUCACGUCUUAGCACCCAACAAUUGGAAUUAAAUCAGAAAUUGAAUGCACUGAGUAAUUCUUUACAGGAUUCUCAAUUGACUAUUAGCAUGGUUAAAACAAAAAUUCUGCAAAUACAAGAACACCAGCUGCAAUUAAAGGAUGCUAUUUCGUCUGUGGAUUCUGCUUUAACUGCUGGAGAUUCUGUUCCUCAACACCAAUUAGAACUCGAACCAGAAUAUAGAGAUCCUUAUCCAUUUUCAUCCAACACAACAUUCUCUGCUCCUUUCACUAAAUCAACUAAGGGAUUUGACAGUGACCCAUUUAGUUCAUUUGACACCCAUUCAAAUCGUCAAGACCCAUUUGAUCCUUUUGAAGGAAAGAAACUUCAUCAAUCAGAAAAAUCUAAUGAUGAAAGCAACCAGGAUCCAUUUGGUUGUGAACCUUUUGGUGCUCCGGCACCAGCACUGCCACCAAAAAAUAAGCAGCCACCACCAAGGCCUGCUCCACCUAGACCUUCUGUUCCUCCUUCCCAUAGUCAAACAUCUGAUUCCUUUGCAGAUUUCUCUAACUUUAACAGCAAGGGUCCACAACUUGAAUUCACAGAAGAUCCAUUUAAGGACUACAGAUAUGAAGAUAUCUUUAAUAUAGAAGAUCCAUUUCUUGAAGCAGCUGAUAAAAAAUCAAAUACUGUUUUUCCUGAUAAUGAUCCUUUUUCUCCUGGAGCUUCCAGCCAGUCCAAUGUAAAUAAUGCAAAUGCCAAAUACAAAAGCACUGAAAUCCUUGCAGAUUCUAAUGAUAAAAAAACUAACAGUGAAGAUGAAUUAAAAGAUACAAAAUUUAGUAAAUCAGACAGUUUACCUAAUCUUUUAAGUUAG